AUGAAAAGAGCCAUCGCCUCUCGCAAGGUUUUUUCCUCGCUGGUGGCCACAACAUCAGGAAGAAACCUUCUCACAACCAAAGCAUCAUCAUCGGCCAAAAAUCCUUCUUUCCAGCAACAACCACAACAAGGAAUGAUGUUCUCUACUUCCUGUUUCACCCAUACUGCUGCUACUCCCAACAAUAAUACGACCACCUCUUCAUCGGGCACUUCACCAUCAUCCAAUUCAACAACAACAAAGGCAACAACAACACAGUCGAGCACAAGCAACAUGGAAUCCAUCAAAUACAACAAGGAAAAUCAAUUAAAACCUCCUUCUGGAGUCGGUAGCAACACAAAGAAAUCAUCUUCCUUCAUCUUCAACUUGUUGCUUUCGGUUUCUGUCAUUUCAGCAGGUUCUCUUGCAGUCGUCAUGUACUUGAGGGAUGAUAUUGAGAAGGCCCGUAAGCUUGAGAAGGAAAUUUCAGAGUUGAAGGCCUAUCAAAAACAAGCCAUGAGCGAUUUACAGAGUGCCAACAUGGACAACACUGACAACAACGAGAACAACUCGGGCAACGAAGAAAAGAUUCAAGAGUUUAAUAGCAAGGCCAAUGAGGAGAGAUCAGCACUCGAGAAUGCUCUACAAACCGAGUUACACAAGACUCAACAGAGACUUCAAACCAUUUCUUCACAACUAGAGGCUCUUCAUCGUGAGAAAUCAUCCAUUUCCGAGCGAAUGAGCACUCUCGAAAACUCACAACGAGUCAUCAAGAAGGACGUCGAGCAGCUCAACUCGGAAAAGCUUGCGCUCACAGCAGCCAUUGAGAAUGCAAUGACUCAUUCAUCAGUGCAGGUGGAUAGCUCUAAAUUGGCCUCAAAAGAAGGCCCCCUCUCGGUUGAAGAUCGAGAUUUAUUGAUUGUUCGUAUUCAACAAAUUGAAAAGCAGCUUGCCACCAAAGAUCAACUCUUACGUACUUUGGAGCAUGAAUAUGAAACUAAAUUGAAUCGAGUACGAGCAAUUGGUGAGGAGCAAACCAAGCUCGAAAUGGAAAAACUCUCAGCCAGACUCUCAGAAAAGCAAACAGAAUUACAAUUGCUGAGAGAGAGACUUUCCCAAGAGUUGAAUGCUGAGAAGUUAAGACUUGCAUCUGAGAUGGAACAAUCCCUCAAGGAACAAGCUCACGAUAUUUCCUCUCUCUAUUCGGCUCACGCACAAAAGAAAGAUUUACAAGUCAGAGAGACAGAGGCCAAAUUGAAACAAUUGGAAAAACAUUUCGCUGAAUCUAUUGAUUAUUUCAAUGAUAGCCUUAAAUUACAACAGUAUACAACAGCUAUCAUUUCAUUCCAAGACGCUACUCUCAAUAAGAAGCAAUCAUGUAAAAAAGAAAUUGAAAAGUUGAAAGCACUCGCUGCAGGUGAUGAUCUUGUGACCACUGCUAUCGAUCUCAUUCCUGAACAGGUCAUUCUUGAAGGAGCCACCUCAUUCGAGGAGUUACGGGAUAGAUUUUUAACUGUUAAGAAGCAGGCGUUAGCCUCCUCAUUGACACCUUCUCAUGCUGGAUUAUUUGGAUAUGUGACUUCAAAACUUGCUUCAGUCUUUGUUGUCGAGGAGCAUGGUUUGGUACAAGGCGAAUCUGUCAAUGCAGCACUUGCCCGUGCUGAAUUUUAUUUAAAACAUCGAAAAUUGGAAAAUGCCUUGUCAGAAAUUGUCAACAUUUGUCAACAUAAGGAUAAUGCAAAUUUAAGAUUUGUUUUGAGUGAUUGGAUGAAAGAUGCCAACGAUAGAGUCUUGUUGGAUCAAGCAUUGAGGAUGUUACAAUCUCAUCUUGUCGUUCUCUCACAAUCCGUUCAAUAA